AUGGAUUCUCUAAGAGUUCUACAUCUCUCGGGUUGUACUAAACUUGAAAGCACGCCAGAUUUUACUAGGAUAACAAAUCUUGAGUAUCUUGACAUGGAUGAAUGUACCAGUGUAACAUCUAUCCAUGAAUCUAUUGGAGUCCUUUCAAACCUCACAUUCUUGAGUUUGAGAAACUGCACAAAUCUUCUUGAAGCUUUGCCUUGCCUUCCAACUGGAGGAGCUGCAUCAGGGGGGAAGUAUUUUAAAACAGUAUCUGGAUCUCGUGAUCAUAGAUCAGGCUUAUAUCUUUUUGAUUGUCCCAAAAUGGCUCAUAUAUUGUCUAAACCUUGGGAUUGGAGUUUGGAUCUUGCAUGGCUUUCCAGACUAAUUCAGGAACCCUAUCAUUUUCGAUGUGGCUUUGACAUUGUUAUUCCUUGGGGUUCUGAAAUUCCAUGGUGGUUCAAUGAAAGAUUUAGAGAGGAUUCGAUUGUAAGGAUAAUGGAAUUCAAUUUGGAUGAAAACUGGAUCGGCUUUGCCUUUUGUGUAACAUUUGAGCUCAAUAACGGUCCGGUGGUUGCUAGUUCAUCAUCGUCUCGGUUUUAUCUUUCUUUUGAAAGUGAACAUACAGAAGAAUGCUUUGAUAUGUCACUUUAUUUGAAGGUAAAUGAGACUAAUGGAUCAAAACAUAUUUGGAUCAUUUAUAUUUCUCGAGAACACUGUCAUUUUGUGAAAACAGGAGCACAUAUCACGUUUAAAGCCCAACCAAGUGUUAAGAUCAAUGCAUGGGGGAUGAGGAGUAUAUUCUUGCAAGAUGUAUAUGAUUUUAAAACAAUGCAACAAGGACAACCUCUUCCAUUCCAUCCUAAUGGUGCAAACCAUGUUGACUUUGAUUUUGUAGAAAAAGGCAACACCAACCCUGGACCAAUAUUUCAACUUCCUUACAAUUGGUUACUUACUGAGGAAGACGAAGUAGAGAAAAAUAAUGCAGAAGUAAAAGAGAACCAUUUGUUAUAUGCGGGACUUUGA